CAGGCCGACAAAACCGCCGCCGUCAACCCCAUGAAGGAGCUGAGGAUCGAGAAGUUGGUCAUCAACAUCUCGGUCGGAGAGUCUGGUGAUAGGUUGACCCGUGCCUCCAAGGUGCUCGAGCAGCUUACCGGUCAAACCCCCGUCACAUCCAAGGCGCGCUACACCAUCCGAUCCUUCUCCAUCAGGCGUAACGAGAAGAUCGCCGUGCACGUCACGAUCCGUGGGCCCAAGGCCGAGGAGGUGUUGGAGCGGGCACUGAAGGUCAAGGAGUACGAGCUGAGGAAGCGCAACUUCUCUUCCACCGGUAACUUCGGCUUCGGUAUCGAAGAACACAUUGAUCUCGGUAUCAAGUACGACCCCGGAAUCGGUAUUUUCGGUAUGGACUUCUUCGUCGUGAUGGGCCGCCCGGGUAUGCGCGUCGCCAAGCGCAAGAGGGCGCAGGGAAAGAUUGGGUUCCAGCACAAAGUCAAGGUGGACAACACCAUUGCUUGGUACAAGCAGCGGUUCGACGGGAUUGUCAGCCGAUAG